GCAUGCCCACACGUCUGACUGUUCUUGUCAGAAUACACCAUGACAGUCAAGCGACUCACUGAGCUGCAUGUGGAAUCAUAGUAAGGGCAGAGCUUUUUUCGCUGAGGAGUUUGCCAAGUGUUGCUUUCUUUCAUACAGAGAUUUUCAGAGCCAGGACGAAGAAGAAACCAGACAGCAGCCUUCCUCAGAGGACUCCUUUGAACCAUGCAUAGACAAGAGGGAGGAACUGCCUACAAGUGUCCUUACCAAAGCUGCACAGCUGUAUACAGAGGUUCUGACGAAACACAUUAAGGAACAUCAUGAGGAGGUGCGGGAGCGACCAUGUCCACACCCUGGCUGCAACAAAGUAUUUAUGAUAGACCAGUACCUACAGAGGCAUGUCAAGCUCAUUCACACAGAGGAGAGAAACCACAUUUGUGACCAGUGUAGACAAGCUUUCAAGCAACAGAAGCACCUCUCUGUGCACCAGUCUAUACAAGAACAAGCUUCGGUGCCUACUGUCAACCGAGACACAGCUGUCGGACGUAAAGGGCAGGCUCUCCAUCUCUAUCCCUCCGGAGAUUCUACACUCUUUCCCUGGAUCCACUCAUCUUGGCUCAGCUGCACGUUACAGCCCACAGGUCUGAUUUCUUCUGGGACCACCAACCUAGGAACACUUCUCUUCUGCUCCGAAGCCGCACGUCCCUUGCGUCUCGCUUCAUCCCUGGUCUUCAGCCCCAGAGCUACAGUAUCAGCGCCACCAUCAACCCGGAGCAUCUCGUAUAAGAUCACCCCCAAAGCCCACCAGUCCACAGCCUUGGUGUAAUGCUCUCCGUUGACAACUUCUGGAGCCAUAUAGGCAGGGCUUCCUACUGCGCCACUGAUGCUGCCGUUGGGUGCAAGUCCUAAAACACGAGAGGAAAGCUCUAGUACCGGAUGUUCUGUACUUGGGCUGAGCUCUUCAGCAGGGUCAACUGGCAUUUCAAGAGAUGCUUCUCCCUCCUCGCUGGACUGCACAUUAUCUGUUGCCUCAAAGAAGCCUCUGCUCCCCACGCCCAAUGACAACAGGGAGUGUAGGUGUAGGAGAUGUUCAGCGAGGGCAAAAUAUGGUUAGAAAAUCUUUUCAACUAGAAGCUGUGGAGAAAACCUUAGCAGGACUGAGGCUCUUCAAACCCAAGAUGUCUUCCGAAAGGGGUCACCGCAGCUCUACAGAGUUUGUGAUCACGGUCGCAUCACACUGUGCAACAGGCUCCAAACCUUCAAGUCAAGAGAGCAGGUCCAAGAGUAAAGUCAUUGAUAAAGGACAAGAACAUCCAGGCGCUACGUUUCCCAGAAAGAUACAGAUGUAAUUCUCUCCAUGUACUAAUAAGGCACCAUAGGAGAUCUGUAUAGGAAUAAUCAUCACCGACUCCUCCGUUUCCUGGAAUGCAACUAGAAAUGUCCGAAUGUUGCAGUAGGUUAGCAUCUAGUAGCUGUACAGCAUUUUGGAAUGUGCUGUUGGUCUCCCAGGCACAAGAAAAUACAUGGUCAAUUACAGUAAGUGGUACAUGUAGUGCAUGCCUGACUUGCUUUUUAGUCAAUGUAUAGAGGCUGAUUGUUCAAGCUCAGGGUCAAAUCCUGUCCUGAUGUGAUAUACAAGUCCAUCGUAAUGAAGGUGCUCAGCUACGGCUCCGCUCCAGGAUUCUGCGUCUGUUUC